AUGAGUAAGAAAGGUAAGAAGAGGAACUUCACAGAAUGUGAGUUGGAGACACUCGUCAACGAAAGGAGUGAGUGGGAGAGUGUGUGUGAGGCGGUGAAUGCUGUGGGGUCGGAGCAGCGCACACUUACAGAGGUAAAGAAAAAGUGGUCGGACAUCAAGGUGGACGUCAAGACGAGGACUAUUGUCCAACGCCAAAGCGUGGCCAAAACAGGCGGGGGGAGAGGUAUGGAUAAACUCACCCCAUUUGAGCAGAGAGUCGCCGCUAUUGUGGGCGACACUGCUCUCACAGGGGUGGUGAGAGCAAACGUGGGUGACUCGGAUCACCCCCAAGCCUCCCCUGCGUCAGCUGAUCCUCCGGUCCGCCGCAACAGCCAGCUGCUGAUGCCCGUCCGGGGCACACAUGCUUAA